UUUCAGGUCUUAUGGAAUUACAUUUUGGGAAAUCAUGACAUUUGGGUCUAUGCCAUAUACGGGUAUGACGAACAAAGAGACAAUGAAUUACGUCAUGAGAGGUGGGCGUUUAUCUCGACCAGUGAUUUGYCCAGAACCAGUGUAUAAGCUAAUGGGCAGCUGCUGGAAAACUAACCCUCAAACCAGGCCUACGUUUGAGUACAUCCGUAAUAAACUUCGUCUCUUUAUACAAGACCCAGCCAUCCUCGAUUUUAAACCUCCGGUGAUCGGCAGACCUGCGGCGCAGCUUCCGUACAGAGCGACUCAUCCAUUAGACGAUAAUGCGCCGCCGGAUGGUGUUCUUCGUGCCCAUGACUGCGUCGCCGGAAGUGGUAGYAUCCAUCAGCUACCCCAAAACGAACACCAAGAAGAACCUCAGUACGUGACGCCACUUCCAGCCGAUGACAUGUUCGAAGGUGUGGAUGCGGAAAUUAUGAGGGACGCAGAGCGGUUUGGCAGGUUCCGGGGCAGCAACGAGAUGGCACCGCUGGAUGACGACAACAACGACAAUGAGAGCGGUAGUGAUGAAGAAGACGAGUACGAGGACGAUGACGCAGCGAAUAUUGGUGAAGUGGACGACGAGGUUGAUGAUGGUGACGAUGACGACGACGACGACGACGACGAACAGAACGUAGAAGAGGAAGAAGACGACGACGCAAAUGGUGCGGAGAUCGUCCUGGACGCUGACAACAAUCGAUUCGACGAGGACGACGACGAUGCAUACGGAGAUAACAACGCCAGGAGCAAUGGCCCUGUGACCUCGUAUCACUGGAAUAGGUUCAAAGAGACGAGUUUCAUCAGCAUGAAGGAACCCAACACCAAACAAACGGAUGCGGACGGCCAGGCAAAUCCGUCUAAGAGAAGAAAAUCGUUCUCCGAACUCGAAGACAACAGGCCCAACCCUUAUUCGUUGACGGGGCGYGUCCGUUACAAUGUAGCCAGUGACGGGAAAAUAAGAUGCUGACAUCCGGACUCAAGGACUUCGGUUAUCGAGUCCUUGGAAAUGUUAUAAAAUGUUCUCGCACGCUGCGUGUACAAUCUUUAUUGUUUAUAUUCUGUUUUGAUGUACGACUGUUGUAAAUAUUUUUUUUCCAUUUUUAAUUCACAUCAUCUACCUAUAAUAUAAUUGUUUUUUUUUUUUUUUUUGAGAAUGUGCUAUAUACACGUCUAACAACUUGUAUAUUACAAACAAUAUUGUGACCUAAAUUAACAGACAAAUAACUACGCAAUAAACCGUGUGUAUAAGCAAAAAUUAUUUAAAAUACAUAACCGUAUACAGUAAAAAAAAACUUAUAUAUACGUUUAUAAUAAUAUUGGUUAUUUGGUGGGUAAAAUUAAAUAGGGGUAUGGUUAAACCAUAUUAAUUAUACGCCAUGCUUAAAGCGUGGAUAAAAACUU